UGCGAGACAUUUAUUGCAAACGUAAAAUAUUAUAUUAAUCGAUUUGGCGUGGAAAAUAUUUAUAAUUCAGAUCAGAGUGGAUUUCAGUUAGAAUUUCAUUCUGGUCGUACUUUAGCUCAAAAAGGUAUUAAAAACGUAGAAUCUACAGUACAGUCUAUAUCAGCAACCACGCAUAGCUAUACAAUUCAACCGACUAUUUCGGCUGAUGGUAGAUUAUUAUCACCUCUUUUCAUAGUAUUAAAAGAAAUUACAGGAACAUUUGGUCCGAGAGUACAAGAAACAUUAUUCAACGCGCCUAAUAUCUUUGUUACGGCUUCAAAGUCAGGCAAAUUAACAUCAAAUCAUGUAAAAACUUGGCUAAAGGAAGUAUUUUUUCCGAAUGUCGGGCCACAAUCAGUAUUGUUGUUAGAUUCGUGGAGUGGACAUUGUCCUAACAUAGUUUCAGAAACUAAACCAGAUUCUGCAACAGAUAUUGUUUUCCUAACUAUUCCAGCCGGUACAACGGGAAAAAUACAGCCAUUAGACGUAUACGGAUUUCGAUUGUGGAAGAAUUUCAUUAAAUACUUUUCUGAUACUAUUAUGUUGUUAAAUCUGGCUUUAGAUCUUCAUAAUAGAAAUAAUAUCUUGAAAUUACAAUCAUUAACACACCAUCAAUUCUCGUCGCCCAGGUUUCAAAAUAUAUUUAAAUAUGCGUGGACUAAAAGUGGGUACGUAGAGAAUGCAUACGAUGAAUACCUGCAAGUUAUACCGAUAGAAUUUGAAACACCAGUAGACUUUUGUUUUAAAAAGAAUUCUAAAGUAAAAUGCGAUCUUUGUGACGAAAUAGCCAUUAUAACUUGUUCUUGGUGUAGAAAAUCGCUUUGUAUAACACAUUUUUUCCACGAACAUCAUCUUUGUAAUGAAUAUGUGCCAUAAAUAUAAGACAUUUAUAAA